UUGGAGAUGCUAAACUGCUUGAAUCAUUUUAUCAUCGAAAGGUGUAUCAAGGUUGCAAUUAGGGUUCGCUGCGUAGGUCGGCGCUGUUGGCUUGUCACAGACCUUAAAUAAAUAAUGAAAUAUUCAACGUCUAACCCUUAACAAACAGCACGCCCUUAAGAGCACCUAACCCCUUCCUUAAGCCUCUUUACUUCGUGACUGUGAGUUUUUAUUUUUCUAGGAAACAUUCAGGUCGAAUUUUACAAUAGCGCGAAAAGGCAGCAGUCGUGGUGUGACCUAGUUGACAUCUAACCCACGUAUUUUGAUAUACGGUUUCUCCCUGCGUUGUUCGGUAGCGUUAUUCUUGUUUGAGGAAAGCCAAGCACACCGGGGAAGGUAAAGGGUGAGUGCAGGUGUUUCUACCGGGUGUUACUAAGGAAGGUAGCGGUGUGACAGAGAAGCGAGGACCCGUGAAGCAACCCCCGUGUUUCCGAUUGUGGAGCCAUAGUAACGAGAAAGGCCGCCUCGCUACCGGUCAUAGGUGACAAGAGAUGAGAGAUCAAGAUGGCGGACGAACAAUAUAAGAACCUGAACUUCCCUGAAAGGGACGUCGCCGUAGAAGUCCUCAGCGACAAACUCAGAAGGGCCGCCAUGUUCAUAAACGAACGAGAGGCGCAGCGCUACAAGAGAGCCAUGCAACAACUGGACAUAUCCGUGAAAGAACAGGACGAAAGACAGCGCGCUGUCAAAGAGAAAACCAACGUGAGGCUGAGAGAGAUUCUGGCGUCCAAGUUCGCGCUGACAGAAUUCGACGCGGGAACGGAGGACGGGUCACGUGACGAGACCAAGUACGACCCGUUGCAUCACGGGAGUUACGCGUAUCACAGAAACCUCCGGGAGGCGUACGACCGGAAAUACGUCGCUCUGGAACCCCGAAACGUUCGUAUGAGACGCCAGAGAACCAUCCUGCAGAAAUGUAGAAGCUACAGCGACCCGCUGUUUGAUCGAACUGAAACAACCUCCGCUAUUUUCAGACGAUAUCGUCCAUCAAAGCGCCCUCUAUCUGAUACUAUGAGAUAUGCAGACGAUAACUCAACAACAUCCAAGAGGAAAGGCAUCCAGCAGGUUGAAGUGAAGGAAGGUAGAAGAGCGUCCCUGAGCAAAGUUUCUACGUUACCGACUUUGUCUCUCCUUAUGACCAAACCAAAGCUAAUCCCUGUCGACUCGACUGAGGAUCUUGACAAGACAACUGUGGAAGAGGUACCGAUUAGAAAACCGGACAAACAGGACUCACAUGUAGAUAGAACCGUGCGAGGGAAUCAUAAAAGUAGAACAUAGCAUGGGAAUUUUUCUGUGUUGGUAAACGACUCAAGGAACAAAGGACUGAAUUGUACAGACCAACAUUGAAUCGAAUAUGGCUCAACUCAAAAUUAACGGAGACGGAGGGCGACACAGGUUAUCCGCCGGUUGUCACAGCCACUUGUCUCUGACGUCACAUAACGGAUAACCUAUAACACCUUCCGUCUCUGUUAGUUUAUAUAAGUAAUUGUCAGUGUCAGAACUUUAGUCAGAAUCAAAGCAUGUAGCCUCUUGUAGAGUAGAACUGUUGUCGCAACAGACGUUGUGUUCAUAUGUUGAGUAUUUGUGAAGUUAUGAAGAACAUAAUAAUUAUGUUCUUCUAUCUAUGUAAUGAUUGUCACCAGCACGUAUUUCAUGUAAACUUGUGUUUUGAAAUCCAUGACACCACCGAUAUUUCGGUACGUACCACCUGAGUUUGACAAUACCUUGUGUACCUUUGUCUGUGUAUGUGUAACAUUUUGUAUCAUUACUAGUGCGAUGUAAAGGUUACCAAAUGUAGAAUUAUAAACAAUACUAUACUGUCUGUCUCGUAUCCUGGACUUCUUUGUAUCGAGAUG